AUGCCUCAUGGAAGCCAGAGCUGUACCUCUCAUGUGGCCACUGGGGCCAGCCAAAUACCUCACAUGAGAACCGCACCCAGGGCCGGGCCAGCACUAGCAGCUCAGCCACCAGCAGCGGCUUCCCCCUUUGCAUUUGGCUCUCCUGCUGCUGUGCCCUGGCAGUCAAGUCUGAUGACCCAGAUGGCAACCAUUGCAGCUGAGAGCAUGGGGCACACACUAGAUCAUGCCAUCACUGGGGGCUUCAGUGGAGGAAGUAAUGCUGAGCCCGCAAGACCUGACAUCACUUACCAGGAGCCCCAGGGAACCCAGAUGCCACAGCAGCAGCAGCCUUGCUUCUAUGGGAUAAAACCACUUUUGGAGUGUGCCCAGAAGCAAGGUGACAAAAGCUCUGUGAAGGUUUCAGUGAGGUGCUGA